GCCAAAAUUCUGACAGUAAUGCUUUAUCAUCGCAGCAACAACAAUAUCCAAAAAUAAUCGGAAAAGUGCGUAACGUUUAAGGUGGACGAGGCGUUUUGUUACUUAUUUUAGGACAGUUUUUUUUAUUAAUUUCGCACCGGCCGACGAUGAAGAUCACGCUGAAGAACCUGCAGCAGCAGACGUUCGUCGUCGAAAUAGAUGCAUCGAAAACGGUGAAACAGUUAAAACAGAAGAUCGAGGAGGAGAAAGGCAAGGACUAUCCGUCCGACAACCAGCGUCUAAUUUACGCCGGCAAGAUCCUUACAGAUGACAGCGUCCUGUCCGAGUACAACAUCGACGAGAAGAAAUUCAUCGUCGUGAUGGUGACGAAGCCGAAACAGGCCGAAACUAAGCCGGACGAUGCGACGCCUACAACAACCACCACAACCACCGUAGCCGCACCCGAAUCGAGUGCCGUCCCGACGGAGGCGGCCGCCACCACGACGACGGUGCCGGUCCCACCACCGGCGCCUGCGGCGCCCAGUGUGGGCAACGUGUCGGCGGAAACGACGAUGCUGCUGGGCGAGGAGUACGAGGCGAUGGUGCGCAACAUCACCGACAUGGGCUAUCCCCGCGAUCAGGUCAUGUCGGCCCUGCGGGCCAGCUUCAACAAUCCGGACCGGGCCGUCGAAUACCUCAUCACCGGCAUACCCAACAUCGAGGAUGCCGACGCUGUGUCUGAAUCGGCCGCCGCCGACAUGUCGGACGUGGACGAGCGCCAGUCGGACGCCGGCGAUCCGUUGGCGUUCCUGCGCAGCCAGCCGCAGUUCCAGCAGAUGCGUCAGGUGAUCCAGCAGAAUCCGCAGCUGUUGAACGCCGUCCUGCAACAGAUCGGCCAGACUAAUCCGGCGCUGUUGCGACUGAUCAGCGAGAACCAGGAAUCGUUUGUGCGCAUGCUCAACGAGCCGGCCGCCGGUGCUGGUGGAGGUGGCGGUGGCGGCGCCAACAGUGCGCCCGCUGCCGGCGGUCCCCUAUCCGGAGGUGGUGCAACGGGGGCGUUGGGAGUGCCUCAGAUCCAGGUUACGCCCCAGGACAAGGACGCGAUCGAACGGCUGAAGGCGCUCGGCUUUCCUGAGCAUCUGGUGGUGCAGGCGUACUUCGCCUGCGAGAAGAACGAGAAUCUGGCAGCUAACUUCCUGCUCUCGCAGAACUACGAUGAAUAGAAAACAAGAAUAAUAAUAAAAAAAAAAACACCUUUUCGCGCUUGUCAAAUAUAAUUAUUAAUUUUUAUCCAGUUAUUUUUCGGAGUCUAAUGUUUGUUCAUUAUUAUUAUUACUUUUUUUUAUAUUGUACUUUUUGAAUACAGUCUUUUUCUGCCCCUAAUUUGAAUUAUUAGAUAUUUAGCUGUAAAUAAUGCCAAGACUAUUGAGGAUUUAUAGGAGAGAGUGUUUACUUGGGGACUGUCUUACUUUAGGUUAUUAAGUGUACAACGGAUUUCCGGUCCGUGACGGUUCGAAUCGUGUUUAAUUAAUAAACAGUUGUUUGUGAGGGAUGAAAUGCAUGCUUUUUCCAGUCAGUUCGAACCGUCAUAGAAACAGGACUUAACAAUUUUUUCGUAAGACGGUUUCUAUAUGAUCUAUAAAUAAUGAAUUUAAUGACAGUGUAAUAUAUUGUAGACGUUAUAAUAAACAAUUAUAAACACAUUUAUUUAUUCCGUUUUCACAGGAUGAUUUCGUGUUCGGUUUUUUACGGAAUCCGGCUUUUCUGUUGUAAUUUGUAUUUCUUUACGAUUAGAUUAUUAUAUAAUAAAAACAGUGCAAUGUU